AUUUAUGAAAGUAAAACAAGAUUUUUAAAAUAAAAUAUAUGCUCAAUAUUGAAAGGAAAAGAACGAUUAAGUGUUAAUACUUAAAUCUUUGUAUUUUUUCAAUUUUUCAAUUUUUAAUUAGCUAAAUCUUUAUGAAUUUAAUAUUUAUUCUUGUACUUCUCUCCCACUAUUGCCCGCUAACAUCUGAUUUUGACAAGAGAGAGAGAAUGAGGUUAGGCUAGAAUCUUCUGUCGUUCACGAACCGGUUUCUUUUUACGCGCGCAAUGACAUUCUCAUUUUAUAUCAUAUAUAUAUAUGUUAAACUGUUUGGAUCGAGAAAAGACUAAAAGUAUAAUUAAGAGUAAAAAAGUUGUCAGAGGUCAUUCGAUUCCAAUAUUAAGGAGAUAGUGGUUCCGACUAUCUACAUAAAAUUAAUUAUAUAUUAUCAACAAAUAUGUCAAGGCGUCAAAUUCUUGGAAAAUUAUUAAAAAAUAUUAGUCCUGCCAUGUAUACAUCAAGUAUAUUAUUCACCUAUUGUACUUCUUCUGAUAAGCCCAGUACAAAUAAGAAAAUACAAUUUGAACCACUAGACAUGAAAAAGCUAACUCACGAGUAUAUGAUAAAACAAUCUAUAUUGGAUGCUGUUAAUAGUGCAACACAGACAUUAACUGUUACUUUUAUGGCAAUAACAGAUCUGAGUAUUGAAUAUAGAGCAUUAUUGAACAAGCUUAUUUCACUUCUUGAAGAAACUUUAACAUACAAUGUAAAUGAUGAGCAUUGGGAUUUGAUUUUAAAACUACGGAAUGAAAUGUACAACAAAAAGGAAAAACUUGUGAAAUUAUCUGAUUCUAUGGAAGAUGUGUACAAAAUGGCAAUAGCUGCCCAUCAACUAAGUUCUUUAUACGAUAUGGAAAAUUUAAGCAACACACUUUUACAAAGAAUAGAUGAUGCAAAGUGUAAAGUGAAAGCAGAAGCUGACAGUAAUAAACAGUUGGAACACGCAUACUGGCGUAUGCAGGGGCAGUGUAUUGAAGGCAGUAAGGAAAGAACCGAAAAACAAUAGUACAUUUUUCUAGGGAAUGAUUUUCGAUUUCAGGAAUGUGUUCUAUGUUUAACUUUAUAAAAGAAAAAUUAAAAAUUUGUGUCAUAUAGUA